CUCGCCGACAUCCCUUGCGCCGGUCCAGCCGUCCACACGCCACGAGCGAGCCCGCAUCCACUCGACAACCUCGAACCCCAGCCGGCGCUCCGUCUUCUCGUCCAUGCCCCCCGAAUCAACACCGACGCGCACCACCAUGAGGCCAGGCGUCUUAAGCUCGACCCCCUGCUGCUGCUGCUGCUGAUGGGCGGCGAGGCCGGGAUCAUCGACCACUGCCGCUGCUAAUGCUCCAGUCCCAGAAACAGGCCGCACGUAGACGACGAGGUCGGCGCCCGCGAUCCCGCGCCACAGCGUCGCCAUCCACUGCCAGUGGUCGACGGGCGCGUACGCGUCGGCGAUGGGCACCGCGCAGGCGAAGCGGUCGGCGACUGUGAGGCUGAAGCCGGCUGGGAGCAGCGCAACGGGGAGCAGGGGUGCUGCCCUUGCCUUAUCUGUGUCCAUGUUCUUGUCCUGCGCCUCCAGUCUCUCGCUGCUGCUGGCGGUAGCCCUCUCUUUGCUGUCCCUCUUCUUGCCGCCGGUCUCUGCAGCGGUGUCGUCAGGCAGGGACAAAAGCGGCGACGACGAGUCUGCCGCCGCCGCCGCCGCCCCAGUAGCAGUGGCAGCGGCAGCAACAGUCGUGUUCCGAGACAAUGAUGACGACGACGACCCCGGAUGCUGCGCCGUCGUCACGAACCGCACAAUCUCGGCCGACUUGCCCUGCCACUCGAGCAUGGUCUGCAGGUACGCCGCGAACGGGUUGCCAGCGGCGGCGCUGUCGUCGGCGGCGCUGCUACUGCUCACACUCAUGCUGACGCUGGCGCUGGCGCUCGCGCUGGUGACGACGCUGCCCGUGCGCGACACCUGGCCAGUUCCUGAAGCAGCAAGAGGAGGAGCAGCAUCGGCCAUGUGCGUGUCGUGGUCGUGGUCGUCGUGGCCGUCGUGGCCGUCGUUGGUUUUCUCCACCACACCUGCGCCAACACCGGGGUUCCAAGACGGAAAGGAUGACGACAAGCCGUACUCGCCAUCGCCAUUGCCAACCGACAUCCAUGUGCGCACGUCGCACUCGCCCAAUGCGGCCAGCGCCUUCUCGACGGCGGCGCCCACGAGCCGCACCAGCCGGCGGUCGGGGCCCUCGACGGCGAUGAUGGGGCCGCGCUCGGAACCGCCGCUACUACCCGUGCUUCUCACCGACGACGACGUUAGCGGCGGGCUGAUGCGUUCCAGCACGCGCAGCUUAUUGAGGUACGGGAUGCUCAUGACCAUGGCCUCGAUGCUGCGCUGCUGCUGCUGCUGCUGUUGUUGUUGUUGCUGCUGGCUGACACGGUAGUACUGGGAGUGAUGAUUGUGGUGGUGGUGUUUCUGCUGCUGGCGAUGACUGCCGCCG